AUGUUUGCAUCGCUCGUCCGGCCGCUGUCUCGGAAGUCAUCAUAUGUUCCUGUUGCUAGAUUCAGUACUUCUUUUACAGUAAGAAAUAACGCCACGAAAGAAUCAAAGUCGUAUAACACCAUCUUGGUCGAAACUCGUGGCAAAGUUGGUUUGAUUACACUCAACAGAAAAAAGGAAUUAAAUGCAUUGUCUAGUGAAUUGUUUCAUGAAGUCAAUGAUGCUUUGGAAACAUAUGACAGUGAUUCCGAGAUUGGUGCUAUUGUCAUUACUGGCAGUGAGAAGGCAUUUGCUGCUGGGGCAGAUAUCAAGGAAAUGAGAGACAAGACCUUUGCCGAAGUCUAUAAAACGAACUUUCUUGGUCACUGGGGAAGGAUUAAUGACAUUAAAAAGCCUACUAUCGCUGCUGUUAAUGGUUAUGCACUUGGUGGCGGGUGUGAAUUGGCCAUGAGUUGCGACAUUAUCUAUGCCGGAGAUGGUGCAAUCUUUGGUCAACCUGAAAUCAAACUUGGAGUUAUACCAGGUGCUGGGGGUACGCAACGAUUGACCAGAGCUGUAGGUAAAUCCAAAGCAAUGGAAUACGCUCUCUCUGGCAGACCUUUUACUGCUCAAGAAGCGGAAAAGUGGGGUCUUGUGAGUAAAAUCUUCCCAAAAGAUCAACUGUUAGGGGAGGCCAUUAAACUUGCCGAAGAAAUUGCAGGAUUCUCGCAGCCUGCUAUUCAGGCUUGUAAAGAGGCAGUCAACUCUGCCUAUGAAUUGUCAUUGAAGGAGGGCAUGCAUUUCGAGAGACGGUUGUUCCAAGCGUUGUUUGCAUUGAACGACAAAAAAGAAGGCAUGAACGCAUUUGUCGAAAAACGCGCACCAAAAUGGACCAACACUUAG